AAGCAGUAUGGCGGAAGUGGAGAAGCAGCUACCUCUCUCUCCUCAGGAUGGUGGCCGAAGCGAGUGUGGAGAAGAGCCCCCGGAUGGGGGAGCUGCGGUGGGGAUUGCCGAGCCGGCUCCCCCUUCAGCCGGCUCCCCGGUGACCGAGGAACCUGCCGAGGACACCAAGAAGAAAAUUGACGUCCUGCUGAAGGCUGUGGGGGACACGCCGAUCAUGAAGACCAAGAAGUGGACCGUGGAGAGGACCCGCACCAUCCAGGGGCUCGUUGACUUCAUCAAAAAGUUCCUCAAGCUGGUGGCCUCGGAGCAGCUGUUUAUAUAUGUGAAUCAGUCCUUUGCUCCUUCUCCAGACCAGGAAGUCGGGACACUCUAUGAGUGUUUUGGAAGUGAUGGCAAACUUGUACUGCAUUACUGCAAAUCUCAAGCAUGGGGAUGAAUGCAAUAGCAGGACACAUGUUUCUUACCUUUUUCCUAAUUGUUUAAUAUUUUCACCAAAGCUAUAAUAUACUUGGAAAAAUGUCCCUGGCAGCUCUCACCUACCAGCAACAGCAGAAAGAGGGUGACCCAGCUAUUGACUCUUUCAGUUCCAUGGAAAUAAAUGUUGGAUGUCUAAAGCCUACUGUAAGCAUACUUCCACUUAUGCUCCUCGUCCCCUGCUUCACUUGCUGUAUUGUCACUGUUCCAUCAAAAGAAAUGGAACACCACUUUGGGAUAUUUUGAUAACUGUCACAAAGUAAUCACAGGAAAUGGUUCUCCUGAAGAGGACUUCCUAUCACAAUAACGGGAAGAAGGAUACUGAGUCUCCAUCCCACCCAUGCACUGACGUCUACCCUGUGUGGGAAAGGAGACUUGCCAAACAGCUCUGUUUAGGGGAUGGGCAAAGGCUUAAUCAGGUUCCUCUACCAAAUCACUUCCCCUUUUAUUAACAUGAAGGAAAACUAAAGAAUUAUCCGCAGUCUGCUAAUCUAUUAAUAUGUAAUUGUAAAUCUGGCUGCUUGCUAAUAUAUGCUACCCAAAAGUGUGGCUACAACCUCUGCAUGCAUAAUUUUUGUUCUAUUUAGGAUGUUUUAAUAAACUCAGUAUUUCUUUUUUCAUGUUGAAAGCUAAAUCAAAAUUCUUUGAUUUCAGCUAACCAAGUUGCAACCAACUCUAAUUUAUGCAAAUGUGUUGAGUAUUUAAGUCUGUAUUUAAGUCUGUAUUUAGACAAUCAGAAUUCUGAAGGAUUAUGAAUAGGUGUGUUCUAAAUCUGUUUCCAAAUGAAUUAUUUUAGUAAUAAUUACUAUAUUUUUAGAAAACUGAUACACACAAGUUUAUAAUUCCUUAUUUAUGAAAUGGUGUCUUCCAAUAAAUACAAAAACAUUCUAAAACAGUUAA